AUGCUCAACAACGGCACGCACGCGUUUAAUCCCACCAUGAUUCUCAUAUCUCUCGAUGGUGUGGUAAACCAUGACUUGGAUUUGUUUUUGACACCUCAUAUGACAGAGAUCGCAAACGAGGGCGUACGUGCAAAGUGGAUGACGCCAUCUUUUCCGCCCAUCACGUUCCCUAACCAUUGGUCCCUGGUCACUGGCCUUUAUCCAGAAUCGCAUGGCAUUAUCGGAAACAUGUUUUACGACCCCGCACUCAACGACUCGUUCAAUUACAAGAGCCCUGCUCAAAGUUGGGAUGCGAAAUGGUGGGGUGGUGAGCCUAUUUGGGUCACAGCUGUCCGCCAAGGCUUGCGAUCCGGAGUGAUCAUGUGGCCAGGUUGUAGCACCAUCUUCCAAGACAAUCUACAGCCCAGUUUACAGAUUCCAUUUAACGACGAUAUGGCCUUUGACGAAAAAGUCGAUCGAGCCUUGACAUGGCUUGACUUGCCCAUCGAAGAACGGCCUCAAUCAAUCAACAUCUAUGUCCAACAAAUCGACCAAGCCGGUCACCGAUACGGACCUUAUGCCAAUCAAACCUUAUAUCAAUUACACAAAGCCGACCAAAGCAUUGGUCGACUCGUGAAGGGGUUGGAAGCACGUAAUUUGACCGAGAUUGUCAACUUGAUGGUCGUCAGCGACCAUGGCAUGUCUGCAACCGAUGCCAAAUCACGCACGAUUUAUUACGACGAUGAAUUUACCGAGGAUGAAAUGAGCCGUAUUCGAAGCGUCGAAGGUGAUCCAUUAUUACUGAUUCGCCCCCACACUAACGAUGAUGAUAGUGUGGAUGUGCUCUACAAAGCAUUUUUACGAUUGAAACAAAAGACCGGUGGCCAUUUCCGUGUCUACAGACGUCAAGAUAUACCCGACCGAUUCCAUUUCAGAGACAAUGUGCGAAUUCCGCCGCUGUUGGUGUUGCCAGACAAUGAAUGGAUCAUCACGACACGAAACAACCCUUGGAUCUCACGUGGUGUGCAUGGAUAUGAUAAUUUGGAUGAGCAGUCGAGAGCUAUCUUUGUUGGUCAAGGUCCAUUCUUUUGGGAGGACCAUGAAAAGGGAACCACGUUAGAACCUUUUUGGAACGUUGAGUUGUACUCCAUGUUUACUCGUAUAUUGGAUCUGGAGCCCGCAAGUAAUAAUGGUACAUUGAAGGGAUAUUUGAAGGCCGAGGAGCUGUAG